CCGAUUUUGUCGAUGGAUUGUUGACAAUGUAUGGGGCUGGAAGCUCAUUACUUCGGCACGGAUUUGCUGUUCACAUGUACACUGCCAAUAAAUCGAUGGACAACUGUGCAUUCUGCAAUGCUGAUGGUGAUUUUCUAAUUGUUCCGCAGAAAGGAAGGUUGUGGAUCACCACAGAAUGUGGAAAAUUGUUGGUUUCCCCUGGUGAAGCUGCUGUUUUACCUCAAGGAUUUCGAUUUUCUGUGGACCUUCCAGAUGGCCCAUCUCGUGGCUAUGUUGCUGAGAUAUUCGGCACUCAUUUUCAACUUCCUGAUUUGGGACCGAUAGAUGCUGGUGGUAAGCUCUCGAACAAACUGUCCCACUUUGAAGGGAUGAAGAUUGAAGGUCACGAUACACAGAGCGGACGUGCAGAAUGCAGAUGUCUAGUUCAUGCUGUCGUGGCUUUGUAUGAGAAUGGUUGA